AUGAAUUUAUCUACUUUAGAAAAGGAGGACGAGAAGAAGGAGGACUUUGACCGCGAUGACAGUAUGGAUGAGGAAGACGAAGAGCUAAUAUGGAGAGUUUUUUUCGGUGAGAUGGAGAGACAAGGAAGGCUAAGAGAUACCACCAAUAAUAAUGAAAGGAAUAGCACGGCUUCAGAACUUGCCGAUAUGAUUUAUCAGAGCAGCGAAGAUGAGGAAGACAAGGUAUCCAUAGCAUCAGAUAUUUUGCAGGGUGUUGACGAUCCAGAGCUUAUUGAACGGUUUAAUAAGGCCAAAAAGAUGGAUAUUGACAAGAAUCUUACCGAAGAAGAGCAGAAGAGAUUAAUGAUUACAAACUUAACUGACGACCAGAUGGAAAGGUUUGAGGCGUACCGUCGACUGACAAUAAAUAAAACAGGUAUCAAAAAACUUUGCAACUCGAUAGUUGGACACUCAAUACCGCAAGUAAUAGCAACUGUGAUGGCAGGAGUUACAAAGCUGUUUGUUAGUGAGGUCAUUAGUACUGCCUUAGAGGUUCGAGAACGAGGGCACAAGGCCAAACUCUUGAACGAUAUAGAAGAGAAAAAACUACAGAAGCUGCGGUUUGUCAGAGGGGCCAGUGAUAUCGAAGGACAGGUAAACUUCCUUCUGUAUGAUGGUGAUAAUCCAUCUCCACUAACUGCAAGUCACAUACGAGAGGCAUACAGAUUACUAAAACUUCAAAGCAGCGCAGCCCUGACUUUUCAAAGAGACCAUUGA